AUGAGAAAAAGAAACUAUGCUUCGGAAAAAUACUCUUAUAGUCACAUGAUUUACCCUCUGUAUUUUCUCUAUUUCGGGAGUUUUGCCCCGAGGAAGAUAACAGGAGCGCGACGGGUAAAAAACCGAUGGUAUGACAAAGGAUCUAUAACAGCGGGGUUGAAAGUAUUAGUAAUCUCCUAUGAACUUUUACAACCAAGCACAGUAAUAAAAGUAAAGAUGGAGGAUUCUGACAUUCAUUCAGUGGCGUCUAGUGCUCCUAGUACCGCAAUCAUGGAGGAAGAUCACGCUCCUAUGUCUCUGCAUGCGGCCAACGAUAGUCCACGAAUCCGAAAAGGUUCUUUUGCUUCAUCAAGAAGAAGCUCGGUAUCGUUUAACCCACAAAGCUAUGCAAUUGGCAGGUCUCUUUCACGAAAGCUGACUAGUUUAAGGUAUGCGGUACAGGAUGACAACGAGCAGACAGAUGCAGCCUCGAAAGACCUCAAUGACGUACUCGAAGACAAUUUCGAUUUAGAAGAUGCCAUAAGGAUGAGGACUAAUACAGGCGUUGAGCAGCCUGUGAGGGUGUACGACGAGGAUGAUGUAGCAAGCUCUGUGGAUAACAAUUCAACUGAAGGACAACCGACCAUUGCUAAAGUUUUCACUAAUAAAUCGACAGGCAACCUAGACUUGCCACCUGAUGGAGGUUACGGUUGGGUAUGCUGCUUGUGUGUCACGCUAGUAAUGUUUGCAACGUGGGGUGCCAAUUCUGGAUUUGGUGUAUUUCUUGCAUUCUACCUUAAUAACGCGGUGUUCGCUGGUGGAUCAAAAUACCAGUAUGCCCUCAUCGCCGGCUUUAGCAUUUUCUUCGGUCAAGGUCUUCCGCCUCUAGUUUUAGUACUUAUGCGUAUUUUUGGUUUGAAGUUUCCUAUGUACCUCGGGAUAACGAUCCUGUUCGCAGGGCUACUUAUGGCAUCUUUUGCAGUAGAUUUAUGGCAACUUUAUUUGACACAAGGUGUUUUAUUCGGUAUGGGUAUUUCCCUCAUUUAUGCACCUGCCACAACUGUCCUGCCAGGGUGGUUUUUGAAGAAAAGAUCCUUCGCGAUGGGGAUCUCUCUGAUUGGCACUGGUGCUGGAGGUGUGACGUACUCGCUAGCUGUUAACAAAUUAAUUCAAGAUACGGGAAAUCAGAAAUGGGCAUUAAGAAUGAUGGCAAUUACGUGUUCUGUAACCUGCAUUGUCGCAGCUCUAUUAAUAAAGCAACGUACCCCGGUAGAACCUGCAGGUGUAAAGUCUUGGAAACGGAUAAAAGAACAAUUUGCAAUGAUUUUCUCGAUCAGAGUAAUGAAACUAUACAGUGUAAAUCUAAUUGCUAUAUGGUUUGCUCUUGCAUUAUUCGGUUAUAACUUAAUGGUUUUUACUUUAUCACCAUACGCAGUUGCUCGAGGCUUGACAGCACAUCAGAGUUCUCUAUUAACUGCUAUUUUAAAUGCCGCCCAAUCAGUUGGACGGCCAGUUAUGGGUCUAAUGGGUGAUAAAUUUGGAAGAACCAAUACUACUGUUGGACUUACUACGCUUCUAACCAUAUUUCUUUUCGCAUUCUGGCUUCCAUGUCAUACCUUCAUUCAAUUGAUUUUCUUUUCUAUUUGUGUCGGUUCUUGUGUGGGCGUUGCAAAUGUUAUGAAUACGGUCCUUGUUGCCGAUAUCGUUGGCCCAGUCGAUUUCUUACCUGCAUGGGGGUACGUCAAUAGCGUCGGAGCACCAAUUUUACUUGUUAGUGAACUGAUUGCACAGGCACUCACAGAUGAAUCAAAUCCUUCCAACCCUUAUCUUCAUACUCAAAUAUUUGCUGGCUUGUGCUUUUUCUGUGCGUUACUAUUGGUAUUGUUACUCCGUGAGUUAACAGUUAGAAUUAAACUGACUGAACGUCAGAAAAUCACACAUGAGAAAUUAAUGGAAAAAGAAAACGACACCGAUAAAGAGGAUGAAGAUGACAUUAAUUGGACCGUGCUUUCAGAAAGGCAAGCCAAAUAUGACUAUCUUCUAGGGCCGGGCGUGAAGAAAUUUUUCCGGAGAAUGUUUUAUCCCAUGAAAGUAUAG